CAGUGACAUCGCCAAUAAUAAUGGAAAAUGGAAAGGUAUUCUGAAUUUUGUGGUGUUUUCAAUGUUGUUUUUUUAAAAACUACGUAUUUGUGUUUCAUAUUCGUGAUAUUCGCAGUUUUGUUUAACAUUGUUUAAUUAUCUUAACUUUUGCUGGAGUGAUACGGCGAAAAAGCAACAAUUUUUGAAACUUAGCAAUGGUGAAGUGGCGACAUCCUGAUGUCGCGACGCAUGCCUUCACAACGUCGCCAUUCACCGUUAGAUAACAAUCCCUAUCAGUGUACCACAUCAGCUGUUUUACCCACUACUGCGCAAAUCCAAAAACCAUCGCAUCAUCAGUACCACCCUCAUUCCAAUACCGGUGCACAUCAGAAGCAGUGGCGUAACAGUUUGCGCAACAAUGGGUAUCGUAAAUCGCCAGCUACUACUACUAUAGAUAUUAGCUAUAGCGAUGAUACUACUACAGACACACAGACUUACGAUUGUUAUCACCAGAAUGGAUUCCAACAUAGUCCCCUCAGAGAAUCCAGAAACACUGAUGUUACAUUUUCAGACGACAGUGGGUCUACUCGUCUACCAUAUUUUGAGUUUGACGACGAGUCUAAUAAAAGGUAUUCUAGACAUUCGUAUUCUGACAGAAGUUUUAAAAGGCCAAAAACCUCACCUAACAGAGGACAAAACGCAAGUGUAAAUAAAAGUUUAAGGAAAGUUUAUCCCAACCAAGAUAUUCAUUGGGAUCAACUUUACCAAGAAAUACCAUCACCAUGUGAUGGUGUACCUGUAAAUAAUGUACCUAGAAGAAUACCUACCAGAGCGUCUGACAGGCCUCAGAGUUCUAUGAGCUCAGGGGUGACCAGUGCAAUUGUACACGGCUGUGGAGGUAGAUGUCAAACAUUCGAGAACGUUUGUUAUUUUUUUCUUCAGUUGAUUUUUACCAUGGGAAUCCUAAUAGGAAUAUCACUGUACAUAGCUGGGAUAGUUUUGCGAAAAUCUGCAGCGCGAAAUCUGCAAGUUCUAAUGUACAUAGGAAUUUUACUAAGUCUUGUCAGUGGUUUACUAUUGGGUAUUCAAUACGAUGCGAGGAAAACGGCCAGAAGACGAAAAAAGGCCAUCCAAAUGGCCAAAAGAGCACCUAUACCUAUGGAAACUUUGCAUUUGAGAUCUAACCCGUUACAUAAUCAGCAGUUGGUCCUUGGGUGGAAUGUUUCAAAUCAAAGAAACUCACAAUUACCGCAAGUCCAUACCAACCUGAAUCGUCCGUUACCUCUUCGACCAACUGAAAGGCAUUCCCCUUCGAUAAUAGAAGAACCGGGAAUACCUUGGUGGAGACGAAAAGAUCUCGAUGUUAUCUAGUUUGUUUGAAAUGUAAAGAUUGUAUAUGUGUAUAGAAUAAGACUGAUAGGAACUAUUUUUUAAUGUUUAAUUCGUUUAAAAUAUAUUUACCAAACUUUUUUUACUGUAUUUUGUUUCCAAAUUUAGCCAAAUUUAUUACCUUUACUACCUUUGGUAGGUAGUUUUAAUUUCAAAUAUCUUGAAUGAAUUAAAUAUUAAAAAUAUAAAACCAAAUUGUACAUAAGUGACCUUAUUUGAUUAACCCUACCUCAGUGACAUUAAUAUUACCUAAAUGAAUUUUUUCUAGUCUAGAUUCUAUAGUGCCACAAAUAUUGCAUUUUUUCGCCAUAUAUUGGAUUUAAUAACUAAAUUACAAAUUGUUCAGAAACUAAAAAUUCUAAACAGAAAUAAACUGAUACUGCACACAUAGUUAAAACUUUAUAAAAAGAAAAAGUAUUUACUCCCAAGAAGCAUCGCUCUUAUUAGAGAUAGAAUUAAAUAAAAUGUCCAACAAAAUUUAUUAAAUGCCUACAAAUGUAGUUAUGGCAUUUUACGACAGCAUAUUUCUAGUAUAUUUUGUUUUGAAUUAUUCGUUUUACAUUAUGGCGAUGUUUCUGGGAAUUGUAUACAAAUUUUCUUUUCACCUAAGCAAUUUUUGAAUAUUUCUUAUUAAAAAACACUGACAACUUGUUAAG